UCGCCAAUCACCACCAUUAUUGAAAUAAUUUGUUUUUAAAUUCCAUUUCAGGAUACUUUAAAAGUAACCGAUUUUUUUAAUUCCUUCUUUAUAACCUCGCAAACGAAGUCAAAGGCAAAAUCUUCUAAAACACACGUUGUUUCUACAAGUUUUUGUAAAACCGUUUUAAUCCCACCGAUCAAAAUAUUUUAACUUUCCCUCCACAUCUCAGUUUACGACAUAAUAUCCGUAGCGAUAGGGGUCAGUAUGUAGGCGGCCUAAAAUUGCACUUGCGCAAUAGUGCCAUGUUGCAUCCGUCAAUAGAGCCAUACCCGGGUCAGGUAGUCCGGUCUCAACAGCCUCGCAGUUCACCCCGAGCCCAACGAAAACCGUCAAAAUAUUCAUCCACUAUUACCGUUUGCUUGCGUGGCUGAUCCACUUCGAUAUGAAUUCAAUGAACGCUUCGGGCGUUCCUCAUCGCCAGCAGUGGCGUAACGACAUCGGCAUGCGGAACCUGCCGACUCUCGAUUCCCACAGGGAGACGAUUGCCAACCACCUAAACCGCAACCACGUCGUGGCUGGCACCAUCUGCUGCUCACGUAGCGACUGCGACAAGGUCAAGUGGGAGCAGCUCGAGAAGGUGUUCCGUCGUGAAGGCGGGAGCCCGAUCUUCCCGCAGUACAGCACCACGUUCCCGGCCUGCCGCGACAAUCCUGGAACCAAGAAGGAUGCCAACGGCUUCCCGGAGAACUUCUCUCCGGCCUACUGCCCAUGUGUGGUCAAUCGAGCCCACCUGGUAGCGUACUGCUGUGUGCGGCGUGACUGCGACGACGCUUCAAAAAUUGGCGGACGUAACGAACGCACCCCAGCGUUCAGCCACUUUAAAUAUUAAUUUUUAACAUUCGACAAUUCCCAAUCUAUGUCUCAAUCCGAAUUUCUCGCGGCUCUUCAACCCUGUCUCUUGAAAGUCCCUAAUUGUCGAGUUAGUUAGCUGCGAAGGUUGUAGGUUUCUCUGUGCACAUCGGUGUUUUCUGGCCGUAUAUGUGAGUGUCAGAAUAGUUUAAGCCUUUUUAUUUAUUUUCAGUUUUACUAGAUGCAGAGCUGGCGGAGGAAGCUAUGUUUCCUACAGUCACACACUGAUCCGCCUAGAUAGCAGGACAGGCUUUAUAUUGUUUACCUUUUGGAGUCUCUAUACAUUUUAAAACCUAUUUGAGAAUAUAUUAUUAGUAUCGUUUCAUUUGGCCUAAUUUGAUAUGAUUAUUUACUAUAAUA